UGUCCUCAUCAACAGUGGGCUUGAGCUACACAAACAAACAAGGCAAUAAUAAUCGUGAAUUUACCGCACACACGACACGACAUCUACGACAGGUUCACGACCACCAUGGUUAAAUCCACACAGAUCGCGCGUCUCGACGGCGUACCCCUCGCCGCCUCCGUAGACGACGACCAAGCCGAAGCCGAACUCUCCGAAAUCAAGGGGCAAGUGAAGUACAUCUUCCGACAGCUCAACAACGACAGCGAGCCACAGGCCUCAAUCGAGAGCGGACCCUUCACGAUACACUACAUAAUACAAUCCCACAUCUGCUACGUAUGCAUCUGCGAGCGCAGCUACCCGCGCAAGCUCGCGUUCACCUACCUCUCGGACAUCGCGACGGAAUUCCAAAACUCGUACGGGCAGGAAGCGAUGUCGCCCAACCUGCGACCGUACGCGUUCGUGCAGUUCGACACGUUCAUGCAGCGAACCAAACGGACCUAUCAGGAUACGCGGGCGACGGCGAAUCUGGACCGGCUGAAUGACGAUCUCAAGGAUGUGACGAGGGUCAUGACGAAGAACAUCGAGGACCUGCUGUACCGAGGGGAUUCGCUGGAGAGGAUGGGCGAUAUGAGCUCAAGGCUGAGGGAUGAGAGUAAGAAGUAUAAGAGAGCGGCGGUGAGGAUAAAUUGGGAGCAUAUGUUGAAGCAGUAUGGUCCUAUAGGUGGCUUUGCGUUCAUCAUGCUGGUGUUCAUCUGGUGGAGGUUCUUUUAACCAUACGGUGUAGAGGUGUGAUUUGGUACCUGCGGCUGGCGUUUUGUCUUGUCUUGCACUUCUCUGGGCUUUUCGUUCUCUAGCCAACCCGAUAUCGAGGCUAGACACCGAUCAAUACAUUGUUCUAUCAACCCCAUUAACAGUUUCCG